CAGCUAGCUGGCUCGAGCAAGAUGCGGAUUGUGUUGGGAAAGUUCGGAGGCCUAAGUCGGCUGGUUAUACCUGCCAAAUGGUCGGCUAGUGUGUUGCGAGAGAGGAGAGCGUUUACUACGGCCUACAGCAGUGAUCAGCAGCCGCGGACGGAGGGGGCGACGGACAAACCUCUGGUAGACACGUUUGGUCGUCUUCACGACUACCUCCGUAUCUCCCUCACCGAGAGAUGCAACCUCAGAUGUCAGUAUUGUAUGCCGGCAGAAGGUGUGGUGUUGAGUCCACAGCAGGAGCUACUGAGUCUGCCAGAGCUGGGAAGACUCGUGACGGUCUUCGCUGGUCUCGGGGUGAGGAAGAUAAGACUGACCGGAGGAGAACCUCUAGUCCGCAGAGACCUGGAGGACAUUAUUGCCACGUUGACUGGUAUCCAUGGGAUACAGAGUGUUCAGAUGACAACCAAUGGAGUUACUCUGGCUCGACGGUUGCCACGGCUACAAGAAGCUGGGCUGGAAGGAGUUAAUAUCAGUCUGGAUACCCUCCAAGAGGCAAAGUUUCAGUUUAUUACUCGUCGGAAAGGUCUGGAGAAAGUUGUACAGUCCAUUGAGAGAGCUGUGGGCUUGGGCCUGCCUCAUGUGAAGGUAAACUGCGUUGUGAUGAAAGGGUUAAAUGACGACGAACUACUGGAUUUUGUCCAACUCACUGAGAAGCUGCCUGUCCAUGUUAGGUUCAUCGAAUACAUGCCAUUCUCCGGCAACCGCUGGAGCUUCCAGAAGUUUCUGGCCUACCGCGAGAUGAUGGGCGUGGUCUUUGGGGCGUGGCCUGAGCUCACCAAGAUCGAGGAUGCGGCAAACGAUACGGCAAAGUCAUACAAGGUUCCUGGUUUUGCCGGUACCAUUGGUUUCAUAGCAUCAAUGACCAACCACUUCUGCUCCUCCUGCAACAGACUUAGAAUCACUGCAGACGGCAACCUGAAGGUGUGUCUGUUUGGUAAUGCGGAGGUCUCGCUGCGAGAUGCGCUGAGGGGCGGGGCCUCGGACGAUGACAUCACAGAGCUAAUUGCGGGUGCCGUGUCAAGGAAGAAGAGACAACAUGCAGGAAUGUUCAACUUGUCCAAGAUGAAGAACAGACCAAUGAUUCUGAUUGAUUCUCCGCCUCCCUCUCCCCCCUCCUUCCCCUUUUCACCGAACUCACUAGCUAGUUCCUCCCUCCUCGUACCUUCUGCUGCCAAACUGACCAAUCAGAUUCAUUUCCUCCGCACUCUGUCUUCUCUGUCCCACAUCUCCGACAGCGGUAGAGCUAAAAUGGUGGACGUUACCCGCAAACCAGUCACCAAUAGAUGGGCCGUCGCUUCCGGCAAAAUCUUCCUCUCUCCUGAAGCCAUGGAAUUAGUAAAUGAUGACACACGAAGCAAAAAGGGGAGUGUUUUGGGCGUGGCUGAAAUUGCAGCUGUCAUGGCAGCAAAGAAAACAUCAGAUAUUGUCCCACUUUGUCACUCCCUCCCGCUAUCUCAUGUGGGUGUGGUAUGGGAUAUUCGACCCAGCGAGGGGUGUGUGGUUGCCACGGUGACUGCUAAAACUGAAGGAAGGACUGGAGUCGAAAUGGAAGCAUUGCUAGGGGCAACGGUUGCCUUGGUGACAGUGUUUGACAUGACAAAAUCGGUGUCGCACAAGCACAUCAUUUCGGAGGUGAAAGUCGAGGAGAAGGGAGGUGGGAAGUCAGGCCACACCCACUUUCACCAGGGGCCACGCCCAUUCUCAAAAGACAAUCGUCAAUAA